UGUUAUAUGUUUGUAGUAAUCACCUAGUAAAAUGCUUACAGUUAGUUAGUAUAAGUGAUUCAUAAUCAAGCUAAAAAUGUUAAGUAACAACCGCAAUUUACUGUUUAAAGGUAUUAUUUUAGCAUUAUGUAUAAUAUCUUGUGUUCAUUUGUUUAUCUUUCCCUUAUUUGAAACGAAUACCGACUCAAAUAUAAUAAGGACUUAUUUGGAUUUUGAACAGUCGUUGUGUCUGAAUAAUAUUCGUAAAAAAAGAUCAUUUAAUCGAGCAAAGUGUCCGCAAUAUGGUAUAAUCACUGUAAUGCAAGGCGGUAGAUUAGGCAAUCAAAUAUGGGAAUAUGCCUCAGUUUGGGCUUACGCUAGAGAAACUGGAUUAGAACCGUAUAUACCUCGGUGCAUUAAAUUGAAAUUGGAAACUAUAUUCGAUAAAUUAUCCCUGCCAACAUUUGAGACAAUUAGCCAUUGUCUAGUUCAAACAGAUUUAUUUUAUCUUCCUUCUGCAAAAGCUUUUCCAAAUAAUACCUUAGAUGCCUGGCAUUUCACUAACCAAAGUAUUAUUCUGCCAAAGUACAUCACAUCACCUGAACUAAUAUCAACUUGGGUCCAAGAUAUCACUCAAGAGUUUAGUAUUAAAAAAAGUCUGUUAGAUAAAAGUCAUAGAAUAUUACAAGCAGCCGUUAAAUGUGUAAAUAUACCAGUAAAAACAUUUAUAGGGGUUCAUGUGAGAAGAACUGAUUAUAUCAGUUAUAUAAAAAGAAAAUAUAAUGCCGAACCCGUCGAUUCAAAAUUCUUUUUAAAGGCGAUGGAUAUGUUUGAAAAGAAAUAUCCAGAUUCAAUAUUUAUUAUUGUCAGUGAUGAUCCCAAAUGGUGUUGGAAAGAAUUUAAAUUCAAGAAGAAUGCUUAUGUUGUGGGAAAAUAUCACGGUGGCAGCUCUACUCCUGCUUUAGAUUUAACAAUUUUGGCUUCCUGCAACCAUACGAUAUUUGAUUAUGGAACAUACGGUAUGUGGGGUGCUCUUUUAGCUGGAGGAGAAACAGUCUAUUAUGAUCUUAAUCCUGAGUAUUCCUCGCACAAACUUGGAAGAUACAUGAAAAACUGGCAUAGUCUCUAAAUCGACAAAAACCAAAACACAAGUCUGAUAAAUUUUCUAUAAAAUAUUUAUUUUUAUACCAACAACUUGUGAAAUUUUAUUAUUUUAUAGGUUUAUUUUUAUAUGUUUAUAACUACAGACAAAAUAAUUUACAAUAUCCAGAUGAAUAUAUUUGCCCUUGGCAUAUACAGGGUGAAUCCUGAGUAAUGAAAUUCUCAACUCAAUGAUAGACAGGACUAAUGUUUUCAAAUUUUACUUAUUUCUUAGAGAUACGGUAGACCAAUACCUUUUUUAUUACGAAUAAUUAUUAAAAACUUGGUUAAGUUAA